UGACGUGUCUCAUGUACUGGUGAUCAUGUCUUGUCACAGUGAUGUGUCUCAUGUACUGGUGAUCAUGUCUUGUCACAGUGAUGUCUCUCAUGUGCUGGUGAUCAUGUCUUGUCACAGUGAUGUGUCUCAUGUACUGUUAAUCAUGUCUUGUGACAGUGAUGUGUCUGAUGUACUGUUGAUCAUGUCUUGUCACAGUGAUGUGUCUCAUGUACUUUUGAUCAUGUCCUGUCACAGUGAUGUGUCUUAUGUACUAGUGAUCAUGUCUUGUCACAGUGAUGUGUCUCAUGUACUGGUGAUCAUGUUUGGUCACAGUGAUGUGUCUCAUGUACUUGGGAUCAUCUCUUGUCACAGUGAUGUGUCUCAUGUACUGUUGUUCAUGUCUUGUCACAGUGAUGUGUCUCAUGUACUGUUGAUCAAAACUUGUCACAGUGAUGUGUCUCAUGUACUGGUGAUCAUUUCUUGUCCCAUUGACGUGUCUCAUGUACUGGUGAUCAUGUCUUGUCACUUUGAUGUGUGUCAUGUACUGAUGAUUAUGUCUUGUCACAGUGACGUGUCUCAUGUACUGGUGAUCAUGUCUUGUCACAGUGAUGUGUCUCAUGUACUGGUGAUCAUGUCUUGUCACAGUGAUGUGUCUCAUGUACUGGUGAUCAUGUCCUGUCACAGUGAUGUGUCUCAUGUACUGGUAAUCAU